AUGGAGAAACAAAGCGCUCAGGAUCGCGAGCGCAUCCAAAAGCUCAAUGAAGGAUACUCUCCCAUUCAUGCCUUUCUGAAGCCCGAAAAGGUGAUCCAGCUUAUGAUGCUGGGGAGCACCAUACAUCUGGUAGUCGCCAAGUUUUUACAAAAUGAAGCUGGCGCGAAGCUACAGAACAGCUUGCUUGUGACCUCAGUGGCUAUUUUUGUGGGGUUUUGGGUUUCUUAUAGGACAAGAGUGGCCAACAAUGGUACAUGGGGCUCACCUCUUCAGCCAAUAGCCACGUUUGUCCCCGAUUUCAAUGUGGUCUACUUGAUGUAUCUUCCUACACUGUUCUCUCUUAUCUUUGCGCGAGAGGUCACCAUUGUUAAUCUGGUUAUGUCCUUUAACUGUACAGACCUGCCUGUUGCUAUGAAACUGCCUGUCCAGGCUAUUUUCGUACUAUUGAAUGACGAGUACCAGCAAAACAGAACAAAAAACCUUAAAGCUAUUUUUAUCAACUGGGUUUUUGCAUCCCUCAUUGAGAGGAUUGGCCAACUCAGGAGUUUUGACCGAGUCGACUCUAACCUCUUCAGCAUUUGCCUGACUAAUGUCUUAUUUUUGCUGAAUAGGAGUUCACUUCACUUUCAAAUUUUGCAUAAUGUUCUCAAAGGGUUCAUGGUCGCGAUUUCAGUUAACUACUUGCUUUCAUUUAUCACUAGAAAGCUGAACCAAUACUUGAGAUCUGUUAUCCUUCUGACUUCCUUCAUCGUGGUGUUCCCACUAACAAUACUUUGCUCUUUCGAAGUAGAAGGACAAAACCCUGCUGGGUGGCUUUUCAGAUAUAUUCUCUCGGACUCUACCCGUGUUAAAAUAAUUGUUGGAUGGUUAGGCUGCUUGCUACUUCUCGUUCCCAACAUCAUGAUAUUUCAGUCAAAAUUUUCGCUUGAUACAUCCAGGAAACUAUGGCAUUUCAUUAUACUAGUUUUGGUCGUCCCUCCUUUGCAUCAGGAUCCAGAAUUCGUCAAAAUUGCUCUCGCAGGCACUAUCGUUCUCUUUUUGAGCGUUGAGUACUUACGGUACUUGAAACUCGCACCUUUUGGCGAAUUUUUCGAUUCCAAGCUACGCUCCUUUGCUGAUUUUCGAGACGAUCGGGGGCCGAUCAUCAUAUCCUACAUUUAUCUGAUAAUCGGAAUCGCGACCCCAAUUUUGAUAAAUGGCUCCUUAGUUGGUGUUAUUAGCUUGGGGGUGGGUGACUCUCUAGCCUCGAUUGUUGGGUACCGGUGGGGGCGCCACAGGUGGCCUGGUACUUCAAAGACGCUGGAGGGCACACUUGCUUUCAUAACGGCAACUUCAUCAUGCAGCCUCGCCCUAAAAAACUUCAAUAAUUCUUUCCAAGAUUUAUCCAACGCAAAGUUGAUUAUGACUUGUAUUCUUUCAGGAAUACUUGAGGGCAACAGUGUGCUAAAUGAUAAUAUUUUAGUUCCUGCAUUUAUGCUAAUUGUGAGGGAGGGUCUGAAAUAA